CAGAUUCAAUACUUUCGUCAGACAUCAUGAAAAACUUAAUUAUUAUAGUCAUCUUUUUGGCACUUGCUAAUGCUGACAUUGAAAACACCAGCUUUAAUGGUAGACCCGGCUGUAAGACUCUCGGUGAAGUUGGUUUGACAUUUCCAAACUUUUUCGACUCAUCACGUUACUGGCAUUGUUAUGCCAUAAACAAUCAAGCUAUUUCGGAACGUUGUCCAAAUCAAUAUGGCUUUCAGGCUAGUAUAAAAUCCUGUGUGCCAUAUACCGUAUGGAGAUGGGAAGAGCCAGUCAUGCCUCCCAGUUGUCCUGAUUUUGAACAGGAAUGUAUAGCUGGUUCAUCCAUUAUUGUUGGAAAUAACAAAAUAUAG